AUGGACUACUCUGCGAUUUCCAAUGACCCAGAGCUACCCACAGGUUCCUCACCCUGGGGCUCACCGCGUGUCGAGCGAGGGUUCCCCACUUCCAACAAUGACAUCCCGUCAUCACCUCUGCCAGGCCAGGCGCAAUCGGCGCAGGACUUGAGUGGAGGCGGCAAUGGAGAGCCCCAAUCUCCAAAUCUCUCUGCACAGUUGCAAAGCGCACAAUUGGGGAACCCGGACUAUCCCGAAGAGCAUCCUCCAUUCGGCGCGCCCCAUACCCCAGACACCCAGAAACAGCAGUCUGCUACCCCCGCAGAACAUCAGACGGGCGCACGACAAACCUCGCGACCCCCAGCUCCCAUCUAUAAGAUUCAAGCGAAGAUCACCGGUCUGGAGAGGACAGGGAAAAAGGACCCAAUCCUGUGUUUCGAUGUUCACACCAAUAUCCCCAAGUUCCGUACGACCCAAUACCGAGAUGUGCGCCGCACCCAUUCAGAAUUUGUCAAGCUUGCAGAUCACCUGGUCUCCGCCAAUCCAGAAGCCCUGGUCCCCGCCGUGCCGUCCCCGGUGACACCGGCUGGUGCAGGCACCGAGGAGGAUGAGAUUCGAAUUAAGUCGGCAAUGCAGAGAUGGCUUAACGUCGUGCUGAGUAACGAGGUCCUCAUUCAAGACGAUGAAGUUGUGUUGUUUGUGGAGAGCGACUUCGGCUAUAGUCCCGUCUUACGACUGAAGCAGCCAGCGACGGGUGUGCGGCGAAAGAUGCUGAAGCAGUUUGCACCGCCGCCUGAUGACACACCUGAAUUACAAGCUGCGCGUCCAGCUGCCAAGAUGUUUUACUUGGGUUCAAUGGAUUCGAGUCACAAGGUCGACCGAGUGGUCAAGGCCCGCCGUGGCCUUGGAUUGGCGGAAGCUGAUUUCGGCGUGAAGCUUGGGCAGAUGCACGUGCAAGAGACCCAUCCCGGCUUGGGCGCGGCUUAUCGUAAACUUGGCAAGGUCAUUCAGACUGUGGGCGAUUAUCAUGCAGUCCAGGCCACUGCAGAAGCUACUACACUCGGCGAGCCGUUGAGCUACCACUCCUCGGAUGCCUUCAUUGUGAAGGAGACUCUGACCAACCGACACAUUCUGCUCCGCGAUCUGAUCCAGGCCCAACAAACCGCUCGAAGUAAACAUGCCGCGGCGGAACGCUUGAAGGUCAGCUCAUCCGUGCGCCGGGAUAAGGUAGAUGAGGCGAUCAACGCGCUUGAAGAGGCGCAGAACCAUGAAGACUACUUGACCAAACGAACCCAGCGAGUCACGUCGAACCUCCUCCAGGAGAAGCGCCGCUGGUUUGACCGGACCACCCAGGAUCUUCUGUUUAGCCUUCGUGAAUACACUCUCCGCCAGAUUGAAGCAGAGCGUCGCACUCUUGCCACCUUGGAGAGUGUCCGACCUGACAUUCGUGCCAUUGAUGCUUCCGGUGGUCUAAGCCGGCUGGGUCGCGAAGCCCAUCCUGCAACACGCCGUCCGAACAUGACUUCGAGCCAGGGUCCCAAGGGUGAUUCAUGGAGCGGCGUUCCUCGCCGCACUGACAAUGCUGGACGCAGCAUGAGUGGCAGCUUCACUACUCCCUCGAUACCCGAUGAUGAUGACGAGGCGGUCUCUGGGAAAGGGCGCAACAGAGCUUCCAGCCAGGUUGGGUCGAUUGCGGAGGAAGAUGACGACCGUCUCGAUGCGCGUAAUGCAGCCAGCCGGCUGGCCACCAGCACUUUCUGA